AUGCAUUUCGCUAGGGCAGUGAGAAGAAUCAAGAAAGAGAGAAACCAACUGAAAAUCCUUGUUCUUGGGCUUGAUAAUGCAGGUAAAACCAGUGUUCUGCAUUGUCUUUUUGGAAAGCCUGUGGUGGAUGUCAUGCCAACAUUUGGAUAUCAAAUACACAGCGGUGUGUACAGAGGAUAUGAAUUGAUUCUUCUUGAUAUUGGAGGACAAUCUGUGUUUUUAGAGUAUUGGUCAAGCUACUAUGAAGAUGUUGACGGGGUUGUGUUCGUUUUUGAUUCGACUGAUUGCCGGUCAUUUGCUGAGCAUGUAAGCCAGAUAAAGUCUUCGCUUGUUAACAAGCCGAUGCUGCUAUUAGCAAAUAAAUGCGAUAUCAAUCCAGGAUUCAGUGAGGAUGUGUUUGGAAAUGAUUUCCAACGGUUUUUAUCAAGGAAGGACGUAAGGCUUGUGAGGUGCAGCGCCAGAAGUGGAGAAGGUGUGAAUGAUGGAUUUAGCUGGCUUUUGACCGAAUCUAUGCAAAGACUAUUGAAUGAUAUAACAAACAAAACAUGUUAG